AUGUGGGGGUCCCCGGCGGUAGCCUGGGCCGUCUGUCUCGCCUGUGUUCAGCCGGUGGUGUUCCCACGGAUCCUCCCCUUCAGGUCGAACAGGGACAGGCCAAGCCCUGCACCUGAAGUUUCAACAGGCCAAGUGCUGGAGGUCACGUGGCUGGCUGGUGCCAGAAUCGGGGUUGGGCCUGGCAUCCUCUCAGAGUUCAGUGCUUGUAACAAUAAUACAAACCAGCACACAAAGCAUGUGCCAGACGAGGUCGAGUGCUUCUCAGACUACAUGACCCUGUGGAUCCCUAGGAGCCACGUGGAGGGUUUGCGGCAGUGGCUGCGCAGAAUCCUGCACUUGCCAGGUGCCUGGAGGGCCCCUGACAGCCUGGAUUCUUUUCUUGCCAAAUGUGGCUACUUCCUGCAUCCGGCUCCUGAUGGUGACUUCGUUUUUCGAGCUCAAUACUCAGCCUGCUUUGUGCAGAAGGAGAAAGCAAAUUACAGGCUGGAAAUCAGAAUAUCUCAAAAAGGGGUGACAAGGUUGGAGCGGAGUGAUCACUACAUAAUGAAGUGUCCGGUGCUAACGUCGGGGCUGGGCCAAGAGACCGUCCACUGCGGACCCACGUUCAUUCAGGUCUCCCGGCCCCUGCCCCUGCGGAGCGACAGUGGACAGACUCCGUGGCUGCUGUCCCUUCGAGGGGAGCUGGUGGCUUCUCUGGAAGACGCCAGCCUGAUGGGAUUGUAUGUGGACAUCAAUGCCACCAUUGUCACUGUCCAAAGCCCAAGACAAAACCUUCUUCAGAGGUGGGAGGUGCUGAACACCUCCGCCGAGCUCCUGCCACUCUGGCUGGUGAGCGGCCACUAUGCCUAUUCCUUACAAGCUGCUUGCCCACCGGUGUCAUCCCAGCCAGAGUCAGAGGUCUUAGUUCACAUCCCUAAGCAGAGACUGGGUCUGGUCAAAAGAGGUUCCCGCAUCAAGGAAACCCUGAGCCUAAAAUUCCUCCGAGUCCACGGGUCCGACACCUUCACAGUGACCGAAAACAGGGAUUUUGUGAUGGUCAGCAUCCCAGUGGCUGAAGUGCUCCAGGUCCAGCGAUGCCAGGAGGGCCAAGGAGCCCCGGGGACGCAAGCUUUCUAUAGAGUAGACCUGAGCCUGGAAUUUGUUGAGAUGGCCACCCCAGUCCUCUGGACGCUGGAGAGCUUCUUCCAGUGUGUGGGUUCAGGAACAGAGUUGCCUGCCUCAACUGCCACAUCGAGGACUACUCUCUCCUCCCGGUCCCCAGGACCAAAGACCCCUCCAGCAGGAAUGCCACCAGUGGCCUCUCCCCAGUUCUCGGCUGCCGGACCAGCUGCCCAGGAAGGGCUUUGGUGCCCUGGGCACCAACCUUGCACUGGGCUAGCCAAGAAGGAGCCUGGACCAUCCCUGCAAACAGCCCAGCCCGUGGGAAGAAGCUGGACAUCCGCUGCCUCCCUUGUCCCCAGAGCAACUCGAGAUCAGAGCGGUCCCCAGGCCCCCGAGGAAGUGGGGUUACCUGGAUGCCCCUCGCCUUCAGCCACACUCCCCUUGGAGUCCACAGGAGGUGGCCAGGCUGGUCCCAGGGCCCCACAUCCGGUCUUCCCAGGCCCCCCUGCCCUGACUGUGCCUUUGUCCUCAGAACUCUCCUCUCCUCAACUGCCUCCCCGGAGGUCUGAACGCUCCAAAGUGUUCCUGGUCUCAAAACCAUCUGUUACCCUAGAAGGUCUAGAAACUGUAAGGCCUGAGCGGGACCCCUCCCAGCCACCAGGAAGUCCUCUGGUGCCAAAAGGGCUGUCAGCGGGGGAUGUGGCCGCCACCGAGCCUGUCCAAGGGGAGGCUGAGCAGCCCGGAGAGGAGGUCCAGCCCGUGCCGAGGCCCUUGAGGGCCAGCCUGACGGAGGAGGUGCUGGUGUCCCACCGUUACCCCAGACAGCCCCAGGAAACAGCCUUUGUGAUGGAGGUGGACGGGCCACCCCACAGAGCGCCUGGUCUCCCUGGGGAGGUGGCCAGAGGGCGCCUGGAUCUGUUGUCCUCAGAACCAAGUCCGGGCACAGAGGGGCUGGGACUCACCAUCCUACUGGGGAGAGAAGCCACAUUCGCCACCCCAGGGGUGAGGCAGUCAGACCCCAGUGCCCAUGGGGGGGCCUUGAGACCAGAGCCCACUGGGUGGCACAGGGCGGUGCCGGCAGUGCCCCUGGUGGAGCAGCUGCCAGCAGAACCCAGUCACCCCACAGCUCUUCCGGAGCCCGAAGCCUCGUCUGGGGGAGGGUCGGACAGAGCUCAAAGCCUGGAGCCAGCCCCCCGCUCGCUGGGGGGCCAGGAUGAGUGGGGGGCCGCACACACAUCCAGCCCUCCGUCUACACAAACACCGAGCCUGGGGGCUCCCACAGAAGCUUCAUCACCCAGCCUGGCCGAGCUUGGACACCCUUUCCCCACUGGCCAGGGGACAUCACCCCAGCAGGGGCCAACAGACCCCACAUUGGCCUCCAGCCCUGAAAGUCACAGGCCUCCGGAGCUUCAGAACAGCGUGGAGGGGCUUUCUGGGAGGCCCCCAUGCUGGACCUCUGCGGAGACUCCGGGGCAGCUGGUACCCUGCUGGCUCGGACAGCCCCAGUGACCCCGGCUGACCCAGUGUCCUCAGGCUCCUUGGUCCAGAGGCCCAGCUGUGGCUGAGCACAGUGGUCUGGGCCGGAACAGCACUCAGUGCUUCCCUGGGAAGGUGGGGCCCCCCGCCCCCUCCAGACCGACCCCACCGGAAGCGGGG